AUGAGCAUGCGCGAUAAACAAGCUGGCGUGCGAUGCUCGGUGCUCCAGCGACACUUUGCCAAGGUCGUGCCUCUGCUCACCUUGGUGCACGAUCGCUUCGGCAUCGACGCCUCCACAUCCUCUUCGAGAUCGACACCUAAUCUCUCGGAAGAGCGGUGGGCCUGUCUCUACGGAACUGUCGUUGGUCUCGACCAACAUGCCUCCGAUGCGUCUCAGAGUCGAUCUUGGGACGCCAUGAUCUCGAGCAGCGCGACCUCUUACCACACUAUCUACGAGGCUGUCCAGGAAGCCCAGUUACAAAUCCUCUCCCUGACGUCCUCCAGGGGCGCAACAGCAAUCCAUGGUCGACAGACAGCCUCGAGCAAUAUCCUGCUGAAGGGCUACCGGCGCCCCGAUGACCGUCUAGAGUCGUUUCGCAUCACGUCGACCGGCCGACCCGGGUUGAUCAACCUGUUCCCCAACUCGAUGGUCACAAACCUCGUCCUGGAGAAGGAGUGGCACUACCUCUUCCACAAGAUCGGCUCCGAGAGGUUCAUCUGGCUACUAGUCCAUACCAGCAUCUUUGUGCCGCUGAUGCGUCACGGAGCAGAUGGCACGUGCUUUGUCCAGCUCACGGGACCAGCUCUGAGCGAGCCUGCCAUCCCCAAAACGACCUUGGAUGAGCAAGCUCACAGCCGUGGGAAUGCAGUGCCGGGACUUGGCCAAGACCGCAUCGAGCUACUGGCGCAGAAGCAGGACAAGACCCUGCAGCCAAUUGUCGAAGGUCAGACGGAUGGUGCCGCGGAAGCAGCGGUCCCCGAUGCAGCACGAAGCUUGAAGCUAGGCAAGCGGGCGAGGGGCUUCGAGAGGACCACAUCACGCCUCAGUACGAGGUCGAUGGCAUCUGAUACCGACCUCGCCACCUCGGCCGCCAAUGCACGAGCCCUGGCGAGGAAGCCCUCCGAGAUUGUGUUGGUGCGAAGCCGCAUGUUCUACGCCCGCUCUUCUCGCAACAAGGCUGGUCGCGUCGAGAUCGGUCUACCGAGCGUGCACGUUCUGCCCCGUUCCGGCUGCGCCAAAGAGCUCGACAAGGCGCUCCCAAACUCCUCUCAGGCUUCUAGCACAGGUCAGCGUACUAAGCCAACCAAGACCGCCGUGUUGCGGAAAAGCCGCCCAUCUCCCGACACCGCCAACGAGCUAAAGCGAGGCUUCAAAGAUGCCGAAUCCAUGUUCAAGGCGAGAAGGACUCGCCACCUGGCCAAGUACGUGUUUCCGCGCCAAUUCGGUCUGCACAAUGUCUUCACUGGUGCUCGCGACUUUGAUACGACUACGCAGCCUUUCAGAGACUACACGGUCCGAGAGGCCGAGAUCAAGAUGCUUGGCGCCAAGCGCACUCCCAAGGCGAUCCGAAGCGCGCUCCCUAUCCUGGCAAAGAUACUUGUGCGGCACGACAAACUCAACUACCGCGCGCUCUUGGACCGCUGCUGUCCCUCGCGAGUUCCCAAGGGCAGGCUGACGGCUCAGGAGCGCAAGCAGAUCGUCGAGGACCUUGCAGAGAUCGAGACGCUACAGGCCGGAACGCAUCACUCCGCCGCUCGCGAUGUGGCCACCGAGCGACCCCCUCCAGCUUCUAGUUCAAGCGGCGUGCUGACGGACAGCGCCCACGCCAAUACUCCAUCCAAGGGAAACAUUGCAAGUAUGACUUCUAAGUUGAACAUCGAGAUGCCGGCACCUGCGCCACGCAAGCCGCGGUAUCACAACUAUGCAGUGCCCACCACUGGGCAGGUGGCGCACUUUGCCAAGUUGGUCGUCAAGUCGCUGCUCCCGCGCGACCUGUUUGGGUCGCGCCACAACCAGAACCUGAUCCUCGACACGAUCGGUGACUUUGUGCGACUGCGCCGCUUCGAGUCGUUCAAUCUGCACCAGAUCGCGCAGUCAUUCCGCUUUGCAGACGUAGAUUGGGCUCUUCCUCUUCAGGCAUCGCGCAAGCGCCGCCUGUCGCGCCACGACGCCGAGGCUCGCAAGAAGGUGAUUCUUGAAGUGCUGUACUGGCUCUUCGAUGGACUGCUCAUUCCGCUGCUACGAACCACCUUCUAUGUCACCGAGACCGCGGCGUACCGCAACCGAGUGCUGUACUUCAGGCAAGACGACUGGCACGUCCUCUCACGGCCCGUGCUGGGCCAGCUGAAAGAGACCAUUUUCGAGCCAUUGACACGUGCAGAGGCACUCGCUAUGAUGUCGUCCCGCAAGCUGGGCUACUCGCACGUGCGACUGCUACCGAAGGAGACUGGCGUUCGGCCGAUCGUGAACUUGCGACGGAGGAGCACAAAACAGGUUCACAGUGCUAAGAGGAUCGAACAGGAAGAGGGAAAGUCCAAGUCGAAGCGAGCCAGGGCGACGGCGGUUCCCACUGCGAAACAGCGCAAGGAGUCGCUCAUGCUGGGCCAGUCGAUCAACUACAUCCUGCAAUCCGUCUUUCACGUGCUGACCUACGAAAAGAGUCGCAUGUUGGCGGCGUCCACAUCUCAAGAUCACACCAUCGGGCACGAGACAGAGCAGACGGACGUGGAUAUGCUCACGAGCUCGGUCUUUGGACCCAACGAGAUCUACACCCAGCUCAAGACGUUCAAGCAGAGCCUCUUGCCAGACACGCGGUCUACAAAGGGACGUUCUACCAGCAAGAAGCGCCCAGAAACGGCAGAGAAGAAGCUAUACUUUGUCAAGCUCGACGUUCGCUGUGCGUUCGACUCGAUCGACCAGGCCAAGCUGCUAGAAAUCAUCGAGCAGAUCCUGCGCAAGGGCGAGGACGAGCAGACAGAAGGCUACCGCAUCCACCGCUUUGCCAGGAUCAUGCCCUCCGCCGUGCACGAGUCCCGCUCCGCCGCCGCCCAUGCUUCAGGCGCGAAUAAUGCUGGAGCAGCUGGAGCUGUGCCUUCGCGCGCAGCUCACCCACGACCGUCGGGGACCAAACGUGAAUUUGUGCGCCUCGCAAGGCCCGACUCGGAGCACAUCGACUUUAUCGACCUGGCGUCGUCUCUGGCCGUGUCGCUGCACGACGUCGUUUUUGUGGACAAUGUGUCGUAUCGCUACGAGUCGACCUCAUUGAUCCUCAAGCUGCUGCGGCAGCAUGUGACGGAGAAUCUCAUCAAGAUCGGCAAGGAGUUCUACCGACAGCGCGUGGGCAUCCCGCAGGGAUCGAGUCUGUCCACGCUGCUCUGCAGCUUCUUCUACGCUGGCAUGGAGGCGCAAGAUCCCUUCUUGCGCAGCCUCCGCAGUGGCGGUACGUCCGACAAGAAGUGUCUGUUGAUGCGCUACACGGACGACUUUCUUCUGAUCACGACCAGCAAGCGGCAGGCCAAACAGUUCUACAACGUGAUGCGCAAGGGUCAUCCCGAGUACGGUUGUUUCAUCAGCCCCGCCAAGACGCUGGUCAACUUUGAUCUGGUCGACCCGAUGAUGGCUGCAGAAGUCGGGCCCCUGGUACAGCGCACGUACGGGGACGAGUUCCCCUGGUGUGGCUUGACAAUAAACACGCGUGAUCUGGGCGUCUCGACCGACCUGACACGGUAUGCAGCCACAGAUAUGCGCGACACACUCACAGUGGAAUACUGCCGACGUCCAGGGGUGGCGCUGGUGGAAAAGAUGAUCCAGUCGAUGAAGUCGCGCUGCCACAUCCUCUUUACCGACACCGCGCUCAACGGCGACGACAGAGUGUAUGCAAACGUGUACACGAGCUUUGCGGUUGCUGCGCUCAAGUUCUCGGCGUAUCUCUCUGAGCUGCGCAGGUUCGGGAUCACAUUCACGGCCGAGUAUCUGCUCAAGGCGAUCCGCAGGCUGGUGACCUUCACAAGCAGGUAUAUCGGGUCGAGAGCUGCCAGCGCAACGUCACGGUUGAACUCGACUGCCAAAGACGACAAACACGCACGGGUGGGCGGGAGCGGAAAGAGGGCUGCGGUGUGGCGGGUGAGCUGUACGGUCCAUGGUCCAUACGUGCACUGGCUCGGCUACACGGCGUUUCUCAACGUGCUUCGCCGGCAGGACAUCUUUCCUCGACGCGGUCGACGCAAAACGGCGACAGCGGAGGAACAAGAACAGCGCAGCCCGUAUCAUCGGAGCAUGGACUCGGACACGAGGCGCGCGCUUGUCAAGCUGGUCGAGGCGUGCGUUCGACGCACCUGUAGCGAUGCCUCCAGACGAAGGCUCAGCAGUAUCGCGACGAAAGCUUUGCAACAAGCGCAGAAAUCUUUGCACAUCUAG